AGGGCGAGUUGAGAGAGAGAGAGGGACUGAGUGCGUCCUGCCGCCUGGCUGGACCCUCCGGCCCUCAGUCCUCCCCCUCCCUCCCUCCCUCUCUCUCUCCCCGUCUCUCCCUCGCGCCCUCGCUCCCUUUCUUUCCCCUCCCUCCCUUCUCUCCCUUUGCCAGUGCAGCUCGGACCCGACGCACCCCCGGGCCAUGGAGCGCUGGCCCUACAGCUGCGCGUGGCUCCUGGUGGCCAGCCGCGCGCUGCUCCAGAUGCUCCGCUCCGACCUGCGCCUGAGCCGCGCGCUGCUCGGGGCCCUGGCAAUGCUAGCCCUGCUGGACUGGCUGUGUCGCCGCCUGCUGCCCACGCUGCCCGGGGUGGCCGUGGUCGCCUGCGCGGGCUGGUUGGUGUUGUCCCGACUGGCUCGGCGGCCCAGGCUGCCCGUAGCGGGGAAGGUGGUCUUCAUCACUGGCUGUGACUCAGGCUUUGGGAAGGAGACAGCCAAAAGGCUGGAUGCCAUGGGCUUCACCGUGCUGGCUACAGUAUUGGAUCCAGAGGGCAAAGGAGCCCAGGAGCUUCGGGCCUCCUGUUCCUCCCGCCUGACCCUAUUGCAGAUGGACCUGACCAAACCUGGGGACAUCACCCGUGCCCUGGAACUCACUAAGGCCCAAACUACCCGCUCUGGGCUUUGGGGACUGGUGAACAACGCGGGCUACAAUGACAUAGUGGCCGAUGUGGAGCUGUCCCCAGUGGCCACCUUCCGCAGCUGCAUGGAGAUCAACUUCUUCGGCGCUCUGGAGCUGACCAAAGGGCUGCUACCGCUGCUGCGCCGCUCCCGGGGCCGCAUCGUCACCGUGGGCAGCCCGGCAGGAGACAUGCCGUAUCCUUGCCUGGCCGCCUACGGGGCCUCCAAGGCAGCUAUGGCUUUGCUCAUGGACACGUUCCGCAGCGAGCUCCUCCCCUGGGGGGUGAAGGUCAGCGUCAUCCAGCCGGGCUGCUUCAGGACAGCGCCCAUGGAGGACCCCGGCCUCUGGGAGCGGCGGAAGCGGCUGCUGGUGGCCAGCCUGCCCGGGGAGCUGCUGCAGGCCUACGGCGAGGACUACAUCGAGCACACGCACGGCCAGUUCCUGCGCGUCUUGCGUCUGGCCGUGGCCGACCUGAGCCCCGUGGUGGAGGCCAUCACCGACGCGCUGCUGGCCACCCGGCCCCAGGGCCGCUACUACCUGGGCCGCGGCCUGGGGCUCAUGUACUUCAUUCACUACUAUCUGCCCGAGGGGAUGCGGCGCCGCUUCCUGCAGGAGUUCUUUAUCAACCACUCCCUGCCCCGGGCCCUGCGGCCGCCGGCCCUCACCCAGACCCAGCCCAAAUCCCAGUGACCCCGGGACAGUGGCCAGGGCCCGCGGGGGGACCGCCUGCCCCGGACCCAGCGGGGGACGAGUGAAAGCUCGGGAGAGAGCGGGAGUCAGAAGGUCGGGUGUGAAGCUCAGCCUUCCUUCUUCUCCCCGCGGGACCUCGGACGCUGCAUCCCCCUCCGAGCCCCUUCCUUCUAAUAAAGGAGCCGCUUUGGAGCCAAUGACCUCCCAGGAAGGUCCCUUCCGACUCUCCCUCCUUUCGCCUCCCGACUCAGCGUGUGGGCACGGCCGGCAGAUCCAGAUGUUGCCUUGUCUCCCGCCGAGUGUGUCUCCAGAGCCUUCUUCCCUGCCCAGCCCUCAGAACUGCCGGAGGGACCCCAAGGGCUGGGCCCGGCCAAAUCUCCACCAAAGGAAGGUUUUCCUAUGUGCUGGGAUCUGAAGGGUUAAUUCCAACCACAUCUUGGCUGGCUCAAGAAUUAGAAUCCUUCCUUAGAGCUGCAGGCUCGGCUGUAUCCUCUCUAUCACCCCCUCCCAACUGAUUGUCACUUUGAAAAUACAUGAAUAAACUGGAAUUUUUAUUUCUCCUACAA